AUGAGCGCUAAACAGCUGCUGAGAAAGAGCGUCAAGGCCCUGCUGAGGCAGGUUCCUCGAGGUGUGAUAGAAUCCCAGUCGAAGGCGAUAGCAGAUGCAUUGAUCCCGCUAUUGGGGGAUGCCAAGAAUAUAGCAUGCUUUAUGAGUAUGGAGAAUGGGGAAGUGGAUACGCAAUAUGUGUUGAAGCAGCUAUUUGAACGAGGAUCGGCCGUUUACCUACCUCGAUGCACUUCGACUAGGGAGACGGGCCAUGUGUCUUUGAGGGAGUCUAAGAAGCACCAUAUGCAUCUGACAUUUCAUAGGAUGACUUCAUGGCAACAAGUGACGGAAAUGGUACCGCAGGGCAAAUAUCAGUUGCGGGAACCUCCAAAGGAAGACCCUGCUCCCUUACCUGCUAAACUAGACGUCAUGUUGGUACCGGCGGUUGCAUUUUGUUUGCAGAAUGGAGCUAGAAUUGGUCAUGGAGCCGGAUUCUAUGACGAUUUUUUCCAGAGGUACCAACUGCAGCAUAAUGGUAGUAAACCACUCCUGAUCGGGCUCUCUUUAGUCGAACAGAUCGUUGAUACUAUCCCAGUGGAGCCGCAUGACUGGCAAAUGGACUGCAUUGUCAGUGGGGAUGGCGAAGUCAGUUGGGUGAACCGUUGA